AGUAAAGCAAAGUAUUUGUCUGGUUACAAGUCUCUCUUUUCUGUUUUAAUUAGCACCUCUUGAUUUCCCACAGAAACAUGAAAAAGCUUUUGUAUCUCAUCUUCCUGGUCUACUUGUCAGUGUCUACAGCUGAGAUAAUUACAGAGGUUUCCGGUGUUGAAGGAGGACCCAUUUCCAUCAAUUGCUCCUAUAGUCCUCAGAAAAACCAAUGGAGAGAGAAAAGUUGGUGUAAGCACAUAAGUGAGGCAACAUGCCAGCAUGUUGUCAGUGCCCGACGUUUUUGGCUGCCCUUCCUCAAGCGAAGAAAUGGCACCACUGCCAUUGCUGACAAUAUCCAGGAAGGGGUGCUCAUGGUAACCAUCAACCCACUCCAGAAACAGGAUGCUGGUUGGUAUCAGUGUAUGACAAAUUUCUUGGGGACUGUGAAGACCCUGCAGAAGGUCAAGGUGAAUGUUCUGACAAAUAUAGAGAAUUCUAAUGUACAAGAGACACCCAGAAUCCUUCACAGCAUCUCUGGCUUUUCUUCAAAUGCUGGAGUCAAUCUCACCUUCCUGGUGGCUGGCUUUCUCGGUUUCAAACUACUGGUUGCUAUCAUUAUCCUAAUUAUUGCCAGAAACAAGAAGAGAACUACUGGAAAUGAGAGCAGAGGAGAAAACCUGCAUUUUCACCUCCCAGUCAUCACAGGUACCUCACAAGUUCUCAGAAACAGAGAACUUGCUGGCUCCUAUUGUCAUUUUAAUUAUUACCAGAAGGAAGAAGAACCGAAUAGAUCCUGAGAACUUACUGUUUCAGAUGCUCUUGCUAUUCUAGACAAACCCUCCGUGCCAUUUUUAAUGCAGACACUGAAGCAAUGAGUCAGGACUUUGAAAUCACGCAAACAACUGCAGCUCACAAGUUUUUCCAAUGACUCAUUGGCCGGUGUUGCUUUUGGAUUCUGAAUUUUUACAAUAGAUUGCAAUUUCUUUUUUCAGUCUUUUUUUCUAAAUCUCAGUGUUAAAAAUGAAAACUAUUGUUUUAAAAACAGUGUCAGUAUACUAACAUAUUUUUGCUGUUUAAAAAAAAGAAUAACUCCUAUAACAGCUAUGGCCAUUGGCUUUAUGUGUCUCUCUACCUCAUUUCAUUUUAUUCUGCUUCUGCCUGUUCCUGUUUCCAACAUAACAGGAAAGAACCCACAUGAGUGAAUUCGACAGGAGAAGAACAAAUAAGAAUCCAUUGAUCAGUAUCCAUGGGUAAAGUCCGAAGAUGAGGUGUGAAAAAGUCCAAAGAGUCUAGAUCAGGUGCUUGGAGUUCCCCUUGCACAGCCAAAUUUGGCCAACAAGGCAUUGAGAAUCUGAAAUGAAUGCAGUAAUACUGUUAAUACUAUUAAUUGCAUCAUAUCUUGGUGAGCAAACUGCACAUGUAAGAAUAAAUGUAGCUUUUCUCCUUCUUUCCACUCUUAUUAUCAUAACAGAGGAUGUCAUAAAAAAAAAUAAGGGGUUGCAGCAAAAUGUACAUAUCACUCAGCACAAAAGAA